AUGGAUGAGAUAGAAAUUCCUCAAUAUUUCAUCUGCCCCAUAUCCCUUCAGAUCAUGAAAGACCCAGUAACAGCCAUCACCGGCAUCACAUACGAUUACGAGAGCAUCAAACAAUGGUUGUCCUCCGACAACAACACCACUUGCCCAGUCACCAAACAGUCCCUUCAGCUAGAUUCUUCUUUAACCCCUAACCAUACUCUCCGGCGACUAAUCCAAUCUUGGUACACCUCUAUCCCUCCCCCAAAACCACCUCUCAACAAAAACCAAAUCUUUAAACUCAUUCAAGACCUUUGGGUUCCUCACCUACAACUCAAAUCCCUUCAGAAGUUAGAGUCCUUAGCUUCUGAAAAAGAAACCAACAGGAAAUUCAUGGUAGAAACUGGUGUAGGUAAGGCCAUGGUUUCUUUAAUCGUAAGGUGCUUUAAAGAAACCCAAACAGAUGGAAUCCAAGGAGCUCUCAAUGUAAUCCUUUGUUUGCGGAUCCCUAAUGAUGAAGCAAAGCUUAUUCUCACAGAAAACUGUGAUUUCAUAGAUUCUAUCACAUGGGUUUUGAAGCAAGAGAUAGAUAAAGCAGUGAAGACAAAAGCAGUCAUUGUUUUGAAAGCUUUCAUUGAAGCUGCAAGUGCUAAUCUAUUGGAUCGGUUAAAACCCGAAUUCUUUCAAGUUUUGAUUAGGGUUUUGAGAGAUGGGAUCUCUAAAGAAGCCACCAAAGCUACCUUGCAUGUCUUACUAGAAGCUUGUCUAUUGGGAAGAAAUAGAGUUAAAAUCAUUGAAGCAAGUGCAGUUUCGGAGCUAAUCGAGCUAGAGCUUACCAUGCCUGAGAAGAGGACCACAGAGUUGAUCUUGGGUGUGUUGGAUUAUCUAUGUUCAUGUGCAGAUGGAAGAGCCCAAUUUCUAGCUCACUCUGCAGGGAUUGCCAUGGUAACAAAGAGGAUUCUAAGAGUUUCGCCGGCCGCCAAUGAAUCGUCGGUGAGAAUUCUCGCAUCGAUCUCGAAAUUCUCAGCUACUAAUGAAGUUCUCAAUGAGAUGUUAAGAGUGGGAGCUGUGUCAAAGAUUUGCAUGGUUCUUCAGGCUGAGUGUGAAGUGAACGUGAAGGAUACGGCAAGAGGGAUACUUAAGUUGCAUUCUAAGGUAUGGAACAAUUCUCCUUGCAUUGCUGUUUAUCUGUUAACAAGGUAUCCUAUGUAACUUAUUUAUCGAAAUAAAAAUCAUGGUUAAUUAAGAUUUCGGAAAUAGUUUUUGUUUUUGUUUACAAGA